AUGUCUAAAAGGAGAACAGAGCUUUGGGCUUCGAUUUCUGCCUGGAUUGUUUCCUAUGACUCAGGCUGGACUGGGUGUAACUAUGUUGGGGUUCAAACGUCAGCACCUACUGAUGAGGUUCAGUUGGAAAUCGAUACCAAUGUUGGGAUUUGUAGAGCUCUUAAUUUUAGCCAUGGGGAGGCUUGCAGGAUGGACAGAAUUGAGAUUUCUUCAGUCUAG